UAGUCAGUGUGAUUUAAGCGUUGGGACUGUAAACGCUUUAAAUCAUGGAUAAAUCUGACACCAGCGCUAUUCUUGCGGAGGACCUAGAGUCGAGUGACUCCAGAAGAGUCUGUUGUUGUUUUAAGGUGCCAGAAAGCAAACGUCCACCGCCGUGUUCAUGUCCGUUUUCCGUGACUGUGGAGCCCGUAAUGUUCCUUUCCAAGUUCUCCAUAGUUCUCCAGUGGCCUUUGAGCACGCAGUACCUGUGGGAUCGUUUCAGUGAAGAUGUGGGUUACAAUGGAACUAAAGGUGGAGGAUGUAAUGCUACAGUCCACGACCCCCUUCUGAAGAAAGUGGAGACCCUGACUGCACACUGGAACCUGUACAUCAAUUUGGGUGGAUUACUAGUUGGGUUGAUCAUGGUGACCCUGCUGGGCUCAUGGAGUGACCGUGCAGGUCGACGUCUGGUUCUGAUCAUCCCUUCCCUUGGCCUGGCUGUUCAGGCAUCUGUGUAUUUGAUUGUAAUGUACCUGAAGCUGCCAGUGUUCUGGUUCCUCAUUGGGAAAAUCUGCAGCGGCCUGUCCGGGGACUUCAUUGCCAUUUUGGCCGGUUGCUUUGCGUAUAUGGCCGACACGAGUGGCAGGGGGUCUCGCACUUUUCGUGUAGCGAUACUAGAGGCUUGUCUCGGAGUGGCUGGCAUAUUUGCAAGCAUCAUUGGAGGACAGUGGCGACGGGCACAAGGGUAUAUCAACCCAUUUUGGCUAUUAUUGGCCACAAAUCUUGCAGCAGCGCUCUACGCAUACCUGUUUGUGCUUGAAACAGUCACCCCUGACCCCAAGGCAAAGCUCCUCUCCACCAGGCACCACCGGGCCAUCUUCCACCUCUAUUCAUCUGAUGCACCACCGGGACGCCGAGCCAAACUGUGGCUCUACACUAUCUGCUUCUUUUUGGUGGUGUCUGUACAUUUAGGCUGCAGUGACCUUUAUGUGCUCUAUGAGUUGAGUUCUCCGCUCUGCUGGGGUCCAGAGCUGAUCGGUUAUGGCUCUGCAGCCAAAAAUCUGGCCUCCCUCACUAGCUUGAUGGGGCUAAGGGCCAUGCAGUGCUGUAUGAAGGACUCCUGGGUGGCUUUGGUGGGCCUUAUCUCUAACAUAGUGGGAUUAAUUGCGAUUUCUUUCGCUGAUACCACAGCUCUGAUGUUCACCGGAUAUGGCCUGUGCUUCCUUUUUAUGGCUUCUACCCCAGUCCUGAGGUCUAAACUGUCCAAGCUGGUGGACCCUUUAGAACAAGGUGCUCUGUUUGCUUCAGUGGCAUGUGUAGAAGGCCUGUGCUCACUAGUAUCUAGUGUGGUCUUUAACUCUCUCUACCCCGCCACCCUGCACUUCAUGAAGGGGUUCCCUUUCAUCUUUGGGGCCAUCAUCCUCCUGAUUUCAGCUGCCAUUAUUGGGUAAAACCCUCAAU